AGCAGGUGACAUGCCAGUGUAUACAGUGUGCCCUUAUGGAAAAGAUGGACCAGUCCGCACCUUACAUCGUGACUUGCUGCUGCCUUGUGGGUUUCUUGGUGUGAGUGAAAUUGAAGAGUCAAAUCCUCUACAGGUGCGUCGUAAGCCUAGAACCAGGUCCCACUCUGUAAAUGAAGCCGUCCAACAGGAGCCUUUCAUGAGCAGUCAGUCAGAAUCAGAGGAUGAGCCUGUUCAUACAAACCCUUCAAGGUUCCAGUUGGAUUUUCAACCCAUUACCAAACAAACAAUGGAGAGGAAAGUCAUCUACCCAUGGAGAAUUUUACCAGAAAUGAUAUUGGAAUGGGUUCUACAGUGCCUGAAGACAAAGUUAGUGUGGAGACCUGCCGAAACCAAAGCUGUAACGACAGUAAAAUCCCAGAGCUAGUAAGACCUUUAAAUGAGGAUGUACUGGAGUCUUCAGGUCUGUCGGAUAGCCUGAGUGAGGAAGUCCAACUCCAUGACCAGACACCACCUGUCCAAGGUGGUUCAAGUAGCCAACAAUCUAUGGAUGAUGACCUUGAAGGCAUGGGCCCAAGACGUUCUAAAAGGCAGUGUAGGCCCCCAAAAAAAUUUGAGUACCCUAAGCUGGGAAAUCCGUUAACCAUGGUUGUGCAGUCCCUAUUGCAAGGGUUGAGUUCAGCACUUACUACCUCCUUGGAAGAAUCCACGUCAGUUGACCAUUCCUUGAAUAUGCCUGUUACUUUUCCCUCACUGGUGACAAGUCAACCUCAAGCAUGGCCGAGGACGUGCCUAGAGUUAGGGGGGGGAAGUGUAACCCAGAUUACUAAUGCAUAAACAAGUGCAUACUAGUACAUUAACUCAGCAAUAAUAUUAAUUAAAUAAUAGUUGUUUUUUUAAAAAAACAAGAACCGAAACAUAAACAUGACUGUGGAAAAAAAAUAUAUAAAAUAUCAAAGUUAUAAUUGUGACCAAUAGCGCAUUCUUUCACUUCGGCAAUGAGGUCGCGGGUGAAUGACGUCAUAGGGGUCCGCGAUCGCGGCAAUUUUUAGAGAGCAGAGGAUUCGCUAUCGUUCCUUUUCCUCGUGAGCCUCUCAUGUGAGCAGAUGUGAGAUGCAGUUUCGGAAGAUUCAAGGCACCGAAAUGAGAGAGAUUAAGGUCAGAGAAGCUGAAGGCAAUUGAGAGUGACGUCUGAAACAGGGUUCAUCUGCAAAUGUCCUGGUUCAUUUGAUGUACAUGUAUAUUAGUUCCUUGGCCAGGUUUUCUUCCCUUUGUUCUGCUCUUGUUCCAUGUGAGUUCCUUUCCUGGAUGAAUCGGCUGAAGUGAGAACUAUUCUUGAACUGUCUCAACUCUUCAUAUAACUGCGGUGUGGAGUUGGACUGGCGAGCCUCCUUUAAGCGAAUCUUUGAAACCUUUGCGUGAAUUUCACCGGUUGGACAGACACAGGAACUAAACUUGCACACCUUCAACUGGUAGGAGUGAAAUUGCACAGUUCACUUUGUCCUGAUCUGGAGUGGAGAUUGAAGACUGAGAUUACCAUCAAUUAAUUGACAAUUGAGACGGAAUUUCUGAAUCCUCAAGUUUUUUUUUUCAGUUCAUUGAGGAAAUUAAUGCUUUCGUGAAACUUGGGUACGUCAUUCAGAGAAAUUAUACUUUGUUUUAUUUGUUCAUUUUCCUAAUUAUAAGUCUGUGUUGUUUAUUUGGUUUAAAGGGAUCACUAAAAUAAAAUCUCAUUCAAAUAACUUGUUCACUUCUGCUACAUUCUCUCUCUCUCUCCUCGGACGAACCAAACCUUUGCACUAACUGGUCUAUCAUCAGAGUAGGUCUAAACCUUACAUUACGUAUCACGGGUUACACAUUGUUUACUGAUGGUUGUUGCUUCAGGGAUGAAGUAGGAGAGCUGAAGUCUGGAUUUGCAGUAGUUAAAGAAUUUAAUGGUAGGUUUAGCACAGUGAAAGCAGGAAGGUUGACAGGAAAGCAGUCUGCUCAGAGAGCUGAAUUGUUGGCAAUGAUAGAGGCCCUGCGCUUCGCAGAGGGACAGAAGGUUAACAUUUACAGCGACUCUGCAUAUGUUGUUACUGCCGUACACAUUGAACUUCCCAGGUGGAAGAGAAUUGACUAUGUCACUGCUACGGGACGUCCCAUCGCGCAUGCUAAAGAAGCAGAACAGCUUUCAGAGGCAUUGGCCAAGCCUGCUGCAGUAGCUGUGAUGAAAUGUCAAGGUCAUGCAACUUCUAACACAUUCAUUUCAUUAGGAAAUGCAGCGGCUGAUGAAGCGGCAAAAAAGGCAGCUGGAUAUCUACUAAGUCAAUGCCUAAUGAUGUCACAGCGUCAGCUGUCUGAUUUGUUUCCUAAUUUAUCCAGACCUUAUAUAAUUAAACAACAACACCUAGCUAGCCCAUCAGAAAAGACUCAAUGGUUAAACAAAGGAGCUAUUAAGGCACAUGAUGGUUUGUGGACGUCACCAGAUGGUCGUCCUGUGUUAUCCUCAUCAUUAGCUGUUUCCACAUCAUAUUGUUUCAUGUGAAGUUUGUCAAGAACACAACAUUAAGCCUUCAAUGCGCCCAUCAGCUGGUCAUUUUCCACUGGCUAGUGGACCAGGUGAUGAGGUAGUCAUUGAUUUUACUGAUAUGAUAGACAGAAUAAAUGGUAAGAGGUACCUGUUGGUCAUGGUAGACACAUACACUGGAUGGCCAGAAGCAUUUCCUGUGGGGAAGGAAGACAGCACCGCUGUAAUAAAAUGUUUGAUAAAUCAUUAUAUACCCCAUUAUGGUUUUCCGAGACGGAUUAGGUCUGACAAUGGAAGUCAUUUUAAAAAUGUGCACUUAAGAACUGUAGAAACAGCCUUAGGCCUGACACAUUCAUUUGGUGCUGUGUUCCAUCCCCAAUCACAAGGAAAAGUCGAACGUAUGAAUCUAACCCUGAAACACAAGCUUGCUAAAAUAUGUUCGCAACUUAAGAUUAACUGGCUGUCUGCUUUACCACUGGCACUAAUGUCUGUCCGAUCUUCUGUUAACAGGGUUACGGGUUUUACACCUUUUGAACUUAUGACAGGUCGAUCAUUUCCUGGACCAGCAACGGCUUUGUGUCUGGAGCCCAUUGAACCUUUGACACAUAAAGUGUAUUUUGACAAACUAACUGCAUUGAUUAACUGUUUUUCUACUCAGGUUUCAGCAUCACGCACUGACAGUGCUGAGCGAACUGCUCAGGCUAGGCCGACAGAGUGGGUGAGACUUCGUCUAUUUAGGAGGAAGUGGAAGGAGCCUAGGUGGUCUACUCCGCUGAAAGUCACUGCUAGAACUUCACACUGUGUUCGCCUAGCUGGCAAAGGUGACACCUGGUAUCACUUGUCUUCAUGUGCAGCCUGUGACCCACCUGAGAGAUCACUGAAAGAUACCAGAUUGGCCCUGACAAGUCAGGACCAAGAGAGGGAUAUUGAUACUGGUAACACAAAAACAUUGCACACACCAACAGCAGUACAAGCAUUACUGAUUAUCCACACAACAGGUGAUUUAUUCACAGCUCCUGAAGGAGAACCUUUGGCCCAUUGUGUGAGUGCUGACUGUGCAUAUGGAGCAGGUAUUGCAAAACAGUUCGAAGAACGAUAUGGAACAUACAAAGUAAGAAUCAAAAAUAAAAAACCUGGCGAGUGUGCAGUGACCAAAGAAGAAGAUAGAACUGUUUUCCAUCUAAUCACAAAACAAGUUGCUACUGAAUUACCAACAUAUGACAAUUUUAGGAAGAGUUUAACCUACAUGAGAGAUUGGUGUAUUACUAAUAACAUCAAGAGUGUUUCGGUUCCCAGGCUGGGGUGCGGACUUGACAAGCUGAAGUUUGAGAAAGUCUUACAGAUCCUGAAAGAAGUGUUCACGGACGUGGACAUAACUAUUACUAUAUAUACCAUUUGAGUGUUAAAGAAUAAUUAUACCUGUUUUAAUUUUACUAGAGAGGGAGCUACUAUCAGCAAAGGUGAAAUUGAUGUGACUUGGUGUACCAGCAUGACCCAGAUUACAGAUAUAUCUGUUAUAGGCCCAUGGGCAAGAUCAGGUUUGUAUUGGUAUUGUGGUGACAGAAGACUGUUUGUGAAAGUGAGUGAGAACGCAAAAGGAGUUUUGAGAUUAGCUGCACCACUGAUGAUGAUAGGGGAGACUAUAGUGAGAAAAGAAGUAAACCCAGAAGCAGCAUGAACUGGAGUCAGAAGAAGAAAACGAGAAUGAGGUGUGACCUCUUACGAGGUCAAGAGAGGGAUUUGUGGGAUAUUUUCUAUCCUUUGUGAAUAUAUAUUACUGAUGUUUUAUUUUUUAUAUUAUUAUCAUUAUUAUAUUUUUCAUU